AUGGGUGGGCGGUCUGACUGGUUUCUCUAUGACUGCCGCCUCCUCAGACAUGUUGCCCUUGGCCUCUUCUGCUGCGGGGUCUCUGUCUACUUAGCAGCCCUGUCCAUCUACGCCCUGCUGCUCUUUGAGAUCGAGACAGGUGCGGCAGCCGCCGCCAUCCUUGGAGUGGGUGCUCUGGUCCUGGUGGCGGCGCUGACCCACACUCUGCUCCGAGCUGCCCGGGCCACCCGCCGUGGCCUCCAUGAACUGUCCCCACCGCACUUUGAAGAUGACCCUGUCCGCCCUGCUGAAGUCUCCAAGGCCAGCCCCGGGGCUCAGCCCCAGCAGGGUACCCACCACUGGACCCCCUACUCAUCCUUCCCAGAAUCUGGGGACCCCCUCAGACCUAUGGGCACUGCCACAGUGCCUGCAGCCAAGGGGGGAGGCCGGGAGGGCAGCCUGCCUUUAUCCCGCACCCGCCGGACACUGUCAGCUGGCAGGGGGCAUUGGGAAGGGAUCACCCAUGAAAUGCGCAGCAUGCUGGGUCACAGGCCAAGAUGCGCAGGGAAGGAUUCCACCCUGGUGUGA